AUGGUCGUCGGUGGCUGUGCCGAGGUUGGAAGCGAGCUACGCGAGUCGAUGUCGCGCAUCCACACGCGCUGCAACGCGCACCGCGAACAACUCGAGAAUGCCAUGAGCGCCGGUGCUUCGCGCUUCGAGAUGAGCUUCACUCCUGCUGUCAAGCUGGGCGCGGUCGUCGCCAGCAUCGAUAGGCGCCACCACGACGUGCUGCAGAUCAGCACCGACACCUUCAUCGACCUUGAGCACGCCAGCAUCGAUAGGCGCCACCACGACGUGCUGCAGAUCAGCACCGACACCUUCAUCGACCUUGAUGAGCACGCCAGCAUCGAUAGGCGCCACCACGACGUGCUGCAGAUCAGCACCGACACCUUCAUCGACCUUGAGCACGCCCUCACCGUCGGUCACACCAAGCCGUCCGACAACCAUCUCCUGAAUAACUUUGGCAUCGGCCUGUACGUCUUCCAGGCCCGAAGAGCGAAACCGCCGAACGAUUGCCCAUUUCACGCCGCCUCUAUGCUCUUGCCACGUGAUGCCCUGAGCCUGAUCUGGAGGCGGGCCUCGGCCAUCAUCUACACGGUCAAGAAGCGCGGCGGCGAGGUGGCCGCGCAGGUCGCCCGCACCGGCUCGCUGCAAGACGAGUUCUGGUCGGCGCUCUCCAGCGACGGCCGCAGCAGCUCGGGGAGCGGCGCACGCUUCAUCGCGCGCACGAUCGCCGACGUCAAGGUCGAACUGAAGGACGGCGCCGCCAGCGACGUCCGCUUUGACUGGGGCAGGCCGGCCAACCGCAACGCGCGCGGCGCGAUGCUCGAGACGUACUCGCCUUGGCGCGACGAGAGCAACAACCUCCGCGAGGACGGCAUGCUCGCGCCGGUCAAGAUGCUGCUCCGCCGCCUGGGCGACGAGGACGGCGGGCUGCAGCACUCCUACAUUGCCGCCGCCCCGCUGCGCGACGACGACGAGGAGGAGGAGGUCGAGGCGCGCAUCGAGACGGCCUCCGACACGGCGGCACCAUCUCCCCCGGGCACCCCCCCUGCCGGCGGCGGGGGCGACACCCUGCCCGCCUGGGCGCGCGCGGCGCCUCUCCCGGAGGUGCUCGUCCAAGGGGCGAACGUAGACUGGGGAGGGCACCAGUGGGCCGCGCUGCUGCAGGAGCCCGACGCCGCGCCGGGCGACUUCGAGCCCGUCUACCUCCCCUCGGACGCGGGCUUUCCCGAGCCGGUCGCAUUUGCCCGCGUCUGCCCGCUGCCACGCAGCAGCAUCGCCGGCGCCGGCGUCGACCCGGAAAAGCGCGCCGCGCCUGAGUACCGUCACAACCAGCUGCACCUGCCCCUGCACAAGGCCGGCCUCGACGGGGCGUACUUCGUGCUCCACGGCACCAAGGUCAUCAACGACCGGCCCGGCGCCGCCUUUGACGGCCAGGUCUUCGGUCAGAACUCAAAGGCGUUCAGCAACCUGAUCGCGGGCUGCCAGUCCAAGGGCAACUGGCAGACCAAGAUCGAGUACGGCAAUUUCGCCGAGCACCUGCGCGCCGGCGACGACACGAUCCAGCUGCCCGAGGCGAUGAGCUUCAGCAAGUGGGCGAAGUGGAGCAAGAUCCACGAGCUCUGGCCAAACCUCGGGCUAGGCGAGCGCACCGUCCCUCCUCCCAGCGCCGGACUCGCCCUCACGCCGCGUCUUCACGCCCCCGGCGACCGCGCUGAGCGCGCUGCGGGUGCACGUGGUCUGCUGGCGCGGCGCGUGGUGCAGCCCUCGGCACGGUUCGCCCCCGACACGUACCCGCACGCCGUCGAGGCCUUCCCGACCCCGACGCCGCCCAAGGCCAAGCGGCGCAAGCUGGGCGCGGCCGAGACCUUCAAGAAGGGCGCGCACAAGGUGGAGGAGGCGCGCGCGGCGGGCAACACCGCCGCCGAGCUCGCGGCGUGGCGCACCCUCGGCGAGCAGCUGAAGAAGGCCUUCGGCAGCCGCGGAUAGCUUUUAGCCGUCGAGGGGGCACACGCGGCACUAGGCCGUCGCGUCCUGCUCCGCCUGGCAGGGACAAGACAUUUACAUCAUACAUGCACAUGCACAUGCACCGAAUGGGUUCACGGGCUCGACAGCCUCGAGAGACAGCGCGCACGUCACCACAGAUACCUGCGGCGCGCACGAGAGUCGCUCCAGAGAGUGAGAGUGAGAGACACAGUUGGUGCUCGCUGAUGCAUACCUCACGCAUCUCACAUGCAUCGAUGUACACCUCUCCUCUCUCUCGCGGACGGUGUUCGCUUUUACGAUUUUUAUUAGUCGUGUGUGCCG